ACAGACAAAACUAGUUGAGCUUAGACUUUAGUUUGGUAUAGGUAUUUUUUGGGACCAUUUUUGGGACCAUAUUUUUCAAGUUAUUUUUUAUUUGGAAUGUUGUUAAUAUAAGUGUAUAAUCAAAGUGUUGUGACUCCGAAAAAUGAAAUAACAUUUCAAUUUAAAUGUGCAUAAGAAAUUCUGUAUAGUUUUGUACAAAGUGAAUUAAUUGAAAUAACAGUGAGCUUAUUGAGGUUUUUACUAGCGUAUAAACGAAGUGGAGUGGAGUGGACCAGGGAGGAGGUUUAAUGACAAAGGAAAAUUCUAACAAUUCGCUGUUUACUUCGAUAUACUUAAUUUAUAUUUAACAGUUCAGUAUUGUAAAACAAAUUAGGGAACGUACCCAUACUACGUGACCCGUUUAGGGGGGGGGUCUUUAAAAUACUACAAAUUAAGUAAUUUUUAAAAAUGAAUGUAUCUUUAAGGACUUUGUUAUUUCCAUUGAUAUUAGUAAUUUUAUUUAAUUGUGUAAAUAGCGGUCGUAUUUUAGCAGUGUUUCCAACACCAUGUAUAAGUCACCAGAAAGUCUUCCGUCCCCUGACACUAGAGUUACUCAGACGUGGACAUGAACUAAUUGUUAUCACAACAGACCCGAUGUACCCAAAACGUGAAACACCAGAAAAUCUAACAGAAAUAGAUUUACACGACAUAUCAUACAAUGCUAAAGAGAUAAUUCUAAAUGAAGCGACACCAAAUAAACGCAGCCCUUUAGCUCAAGUAUUCAAAAUGACUGAACUAUUUACAAAUUUAGUAGAAUUACAAUUUCAAAGUGAUGAAUUUCAGAAAAUAUUAAGAAAUAAUGAGACUCAAUAUGAUUUAAUAAUAAUAGAGGCAUGGGUGAGACCAAUGUUAGUACUAUCUCAUGUAUUCAAAGCGCCAUUGAUACAACUAAGUUCCUUUGCUGGUUUGGUUUACAAUUACGAAGCCUUAGGUGUCCCAGUACAUCCACUUCGAUUUCCAACAUUUAUCCAUAAAAAAAUAAACAAUCAAUCUUUAUUGGAUAAAUUAAAAGAAGUGCAUUUAUUUCUGUGGUUCAAAUUUAUAAUAGCUAGUAGUGAAAGAGGUGAAAAUGCAAUGCUAAGAAGGAUUUUCGGUGCAAAUGUACCUACUAUCUCUGAAUUAUCAGACAAUAUCGAUUUGCUGCUUCUAAAUGUUUAUCCAAUGUGGGUGGGAAACAUUCCCGUACCCCCGAAUGUUGUUUAUAUAGGAGGAAUUUAUAAAGAUGCAGAACAAGACUUACCAGAGGACCUGAAAUUAUUUUUAAACGCUUCGAAACAUGGAGUAAUAUAUUUUAGCCUGGGCAGUAACGUUAAAAGUUCACAACUUUGUACAGAAACGAUUGAAAUGUUUUUGGAAGUAUUUUCGCAAUUGCCCUACGAUGUAAUAUGGAAAUGGGAUAAAGGUCAAUUAUUAUCAAGGACACCUAAAAAUAUUAUGAUAUCGGAAUGGUUACCGCAGUCUAGUUUGUUAAAGCAUCCGAAAGUUAAGUUGUUCAUAACACACGGAGGAUUACAAUCUACAGAAGAAGCAAUAUCUGCAGGCGUACCUUUGAUUGGUAUACCUUUUUAUGGGGAUCAAUUUUACAACGUGGAGAGAUAUGAGCAAUUUAAAAUUGGUGUGAAAAUAGACAUUUACAACAUUACAAAACAACAUCUAUAUGAGACGAUAAUGAUGGUAAUUAAGGAUAGAAGUUACCAUCAAAACAUGCUUCGACUACGUUCGCUAAUGAACGACCAACCUCAAUGCCCCCUCGAACGCGCGGUGUGGUGGACAGAGCACGUGCUGCGGCAAAGAGGCGCUGCGCACUUGCGCUCGCCUACUGCAAAUAUUACGUGGACUGAAUAUCUAGAAAUUGAUGUUUUCAUAGUCAUCGCUAUCUUAAUUUUAACUUUUAGUGCUUCUUGUAUUUGGCUAUUGAAUUGUUUGUUGAGAUAUCUAAUAAGUUCAUUGUUUAAUGUUAAAUUUAAAACGGAUUAAUGUAACUUAGAAGAAAUUAUUUGUGCAGUCUGAAUUUUUGGGAUGAUAGACAAGUUAGUAAAGUUAAUUGUUACAAAUUGUACUCUGUUAUUACAAGUAAAUGUGUUUUUAAAUGAAGUUCUUAUGAUUUUAAAGUAUAGUAUAUUUAGUUUAGAAAACUUGGGGAACAAGAACUAUUAAAGCGAUGACACGCACAGAAGGAAAUCAUUUCCUAUAGCUUUGGAAUACGAACAAGCUGCAAAUUAAACAUGGCAAGCUAAUAUUAUAAAUGCG